AUGGCUGCUCCUUCUUCGCUCCGGCGCCUUCCGCAGGACAUCAUCGCAGACAUACUCUCGAGACUCCCCGCCGAAACGCUGCUCGACCUCCGCCGCGUCUGCAAGUCGUGGAGCUCUCUCAUCCUCGCCCCAUCCUUCGCCACCAAGCACCUCCAUCGCCGCCUCGGCUCCGGACCUCACCAGAACCUCCGCCUCCUCCACUUGCCUUGUGUCCCGCACGACCGUCUUGUUCCUGCCAGCAGCGCCGACUUCUGCUCCGUCCUAUGCUCCGAUCCUCUCUCCGGCUCCUUCACCCGCCACGCAAAGUUUGCCAUCCCCUUCGACGAGCAUGCGUUCUCCUUCGAGGUCGUUGGCUCGGUUGAUGGGCUCGUCUGCGUGUGGCUGCUCCACCGGAAGUCCAAGCUCUGGACCGUCCAGAGCAUGUAUUUGUGGAACCCGGCCAUGAGGAAGCUGAGGGACCUGGGGAACAGGGAUGUGGUAGAGCACGUCGCCGGUAUGAGCGGGUACCGGAUUCAUGGGUUCGGGCACGACCGCAAGGGCAGCAUUUAUCGGGUGGUGAGGAUCACCUACGGCCGCACGAGAAAGAGGGAGAAGAAGAGUUCGAUGGAGGCCGUCCAAGUCGAGGUUUGCACUGUAGGGAGGGACUCGUGGAGAAUGUUGGAACCGCACCGCAUCUCUUGCUUCGCAGAGGACGACUCUCGAGCUUGCAUCAACGGAGCUCUUCAUUGGCCCGCAUCCGUGACGGAAGACGCUCCGUACAGUUCCAUAUUGUCGUUCGAAGUUGCCUCCCAGAAGUUUGACGAGCUCCCAAUGCCGAAAGAGUACCUCAACGAGUUCAAACUUCAUGAAGAGAUGCAGGUUUCCAUCGCAGCUUUGAAAGAGUCCCUCGCCACCUUGGUCUGCUGCCCGGGAGCCGGAAACGUUGGGAGUGAAAUAAACGUUUGGGUGAUGAAACAGUACGGCAUCGCGGAUUCCUGGACAAAACAGUACACAGCAGUGAUGCAGCAGACGAUCGAGAGGGUCUUAGGAUCGACCUGGAAUGGAGAGAUCUUGAUUCACAGGAGUGACCACAAGGUGAUGUGCUGUGAUCUGGAGAACGAUAUGCUGCUCAAAGACACGGGCGUGACUGGAUUUCCGGACCGGUUCGACGUGGUUGAUUAUUCAGAGAGCUUGGUUUGGCCCGACGAAGGAAAUGCGGAUGGCUAACAUGAAGAUACUUAUUCUCUAACUCAUGGUCAUACAUAAGUAGUGGGCAUCUUAGGUUCUUGUGGGUCUCUUAUGUAAGGGCUAAUGUGUAUUGU